GUGCUUGAAUAUUAUUGUAAAGUACAAAUACAUGAUAAUGAAAAUAUUAUAACACUCACGCUUAAUCGAAAUGAUUUUUUUAUCCAAAUCAUUCGGUUGUUGCGCAAGGAUUAGUAGAAUAAAGGAAAGAGAUCGAAUACCACAAAUAUUACAAAGUUCUAUUAGAAAUUAUUCUCAUAUAUUCACCGAUAAAUAUAAAAAAUAUUAUGAAAUUGAUACAAGAAACAAAUUAUAUAGAAAUACAAGCAGGUUUCAACACACAGAGCAAAAUGACUUUUUCAAAUACUUAUCCGAUAGCACUCCAGUGGAAACAGCUCAGAAUUAUCUAGUCACAUUUCAUGAUAUCUCAGGAUUACCUUGGUGGGGAUCAAUUAUUCUGUCAACUAUUAUGAUUCGUACUUUGAUAACAUUGCCUUUAGCUGUUUAUCAACACUAUAUUAUGGCAAAAUUACAAAAUUUGAGAUUAGAAAUGCCAGCUAUUGUAGAAGAAUUAAAAAUGGAAACCGCAGUUGCUAUGAAAAGAUUUCAUUGGACUGAAGAACAAGCUAAACUGAUGUUCAAGCAUUCCCUGAAGAAACAAUGGAAUAAGUUGGUUGUUCGAGAUAAUUGCCAUCCUUUUAAAAGUACAUUGCUAUUAUGGAUACAAAUACCUAUGUGGGUAUUCAUUUCCAUUGCUUUGAGGAAUUUGACAUACAUGUUACCAAAACAAACAAUUGAAGCACAGAUUGCAUUCAACCAACUUUCACUUGAAGGAUUUCUAUGGAUGCCAAAUUUAACAGAUUUUGAUCAUUCAUUAAUUUUACCAAUAGCGCUAGGAAUAUUCAAUUUGGCAUUAACAGAAAUACAUGUAAUGUUAAGAACGAACCCACAAUCAAAAUUACAAAAAUAUAUUACCAACUUCUUCAGAGGUCUGAGUAUUUUAAUGAUACCAGUUUCAGCAUGUGUGCCAUCAGCUUUGUGUUUAUACUGGACAACAUCCACUCUUUUUGGUUUAUGUCAAAACUUAUUGUUAAUAUCACCAAAAUUCAAACGCCUCUGCAGAAUACCACAAACUACUUCAGAACUUAAUAAACCAUAUGAGCAUUUAUUAGUUCGGAUAGGUGAAAGAUUUUCUGUAUUUAAAAAAAAAUAAAUAGUAAUAGAAUUAAAGUCAAUAUAUUAAAUAAUUAUAAAAUUAACAACAAAAGUAGCAAUCACGUGAAAC